AUGUUGUGUACGCAUUCAGGCCUAGCCGCCUGCAUACAUUACUGCACACCGGCCUACCUGCACCCGGCCUCCUGCUGGUGUGAUCACCCCAUAAUUCACCCAUACCGGGCCGCUCAGUAUCACUCGGGCAAAUGUUUCCAGCUGGUCCUCAUCACAGGCAUGGGCGAUUUGUGGUACCAACUCGACGCCUCAACGCCUCACCAAUAG